AUGAGCAGCGACGAAGAAUUCCUCUCAUUCUCAGAUACCGAAAAGCCAUCCUCUCCGCUCCCUGAAAGAAAGUUCAAACGUCUUAAAAAAGCCACUGAUACUGCCAAAGUCUCUAAAGAUCCACUCCUUAAUCCUUUGAACGACACUCCACCUUCACCUUCCAUACAACUAACUGACUCCCCUGAUUUUGAAACCUCAGAUGCAGAAGAACAGAUCGGGAAAGAUUUUAGCGAACCAAUUUUGAGAUCUGAAUCUGAGGAGGGAAACGAUUUGGAUUCUGGUUUUAGUGGGUUGGGAAAUGAGGAAAGUGGAACCGGUGUUAAGAGAACUUUGGAAUUUGAUUCCGUGGAUGAGGAAUUAUUCAAUGGAGAAGGAAUGGAAGAGGAAAUUGAGGAUUUUAGGACUAAGGAGGAAUUGUACAAGAAACUACCUGAUUUUGAUGGUUUGGAGGAGCAGAAAGAGAAGAAGAAGAAGAAGAGAUCAAAGAGUGGUUGCGAUGGUUACGGAGAUGAGCCGUUUUCGGUUGGUACGGACAAAAGAAGGGGAGGAAAGGAAAGAAGAGAGCUUCUUAAGGAACUCCGUGCUGAAUCUCAGAGAUUGUUAAGAGAAACCAGAGAAAUAUCAUUUAAACCAGUGCCGCUUGUUCAAAAGCCUGUAUCUUCUGUUUUAGAGAAGAUUCGGCAAAGGAAGCGUGAGGUUUCGAAGACAUUGGUUUAUGUAAACAGAAGUUCUUUUAAUGACAGUGGUGAUGCUUUUUCAAGAGAAAUUAUACUUGAUUGUGAUUUUGAAAAUGAUCGUAUUGAGGACAUAGAAGUUCAAAAGGUUGCAAGAACAGACAGUGAAACAACUGUGAAUCCUGUUGAUUCCAAGAUCUGUUUAGAUUUCUUGAGUGGCGAAGGAUUCAAGAGUACUGCAAAUCACAGUCCUAAAACUAUGGCUUCCCAGAAAGAUUUAAAUGGGGAGUCAAAGGAAACGUUUAGAGCUCCUGUUGAUGAUACUCAGGAUCUGAGUUUUGAUUCCCAAACAAUUGCCUCCAAAGAUGAGAUGCGAGAUGAUCUGCCCAGCAGUCCUAUGGAAGAAGUUCAAGGACCACCCUUAUUUGCAAUGAACUUGAAGCUUGAUUCUGCUCCUCCUAACGAUUUUUCUGACAAAGAGGACAAUGAUAAGGAGAAUAUUGAUCCAUGCUCACAUGAGCUGGCUGAUCCAUCAUCAUCUCCAAUUGGUGAUCCUAUGAAAGCUUUUAUCGAUGAAGAAGCUGAGGUGGAAGAUGACAGUGAUAAUGAUCUAAUGCGAUUCAAAGAUUCUGAUGAAGAUGAGGAUGACUUAGAAUCCGAGGAACUUAAUGAUAUGAUAGCAACUGGUUACAAAGAAAAGCCCGUUGAUAAUGAAAUCCGCAAUCAACUUCAUCAAAAGUGGCUUGAGCAACAGGAUGCUGAUGGAACAGAAAAUCUUUUGCGGAGACUGAAAUGCAGUUCUAAACCAAUGGAAACAACUUUGCUUGAAGAGAAAGAAGAUGAAGGCGAAGAAGAUGAGGAAGCCGAAGAAGAUGAAGAGGAGUUUCUAGACGAGGCCGCAGAAGUUACAAGAAAUGUUGUUCAGAUGAACUUAAAGAAAGCGAAGGAAAUGAUUUCUCAAAUGUUCACAGAUAAGGAUGAUGUAUAUGUAUCAUCUGAUGACGAGGAAACAGAAACUAGGCUUGUUAAGGAGCAACUUUCUUAUAAAGCUGAAGAACGGGCUACAUUCUUGUCACCAGCAGAGGCUGAAGGCUCCAAAGAAAUAUUCGGUCUUAUAAAGAAGCUGAAUGGUGUGCUUGACACUAGGAAGAAAGCUAAGAUAACAUCCUAUUUUCAUAUGCCAUCCAUAGCAGGAAAUAGGAAUAUGUCGUCAAAGUCAUCUUUUCUAGGGCGGGGGUCAAAAAAUUCCCUGCCAUCAUCCCGGAAGCAUGGAUUAGGCACGGUUCGUUCUUUUGUCUUUGAAAGAGAUGACAGCAAUAGCAGGAGUGCAAUCUCAAUGCAAGAGGAUUCUUCGAAUUUGAUCCAGAGAGAAAAUAGACCAAAGAAAACUGCAUCGGCCAAGUUCAGUGGCUCGCAAAUUAGAUCAAGCACUCAAAACACACAAACUGCAGCAGAAAAAAAAUCCGGUCCGUCACUACAUGAGAUAUUAAGGUGCCCUUCUCUGCAAUCUAGCCACCACAAUAGUAAUACUAUGGCUGGCCAAGUUGAAGCCAUAUAUGCUGCAUUCAAAUUGGACCAGAAUCAGAGAAAGAAAGAACCCAGGUUAUCUAUAAGAACUGUACAGACUAUUACUUGA